GACUAUUUUUUGAUGAUUUGGUCAUGGAGGAAUGGGCAUGACAUUGAAAUGUAUUUGACAUCCACAAAAUCUAACAUAACCUUAGCCUCCCAUUCAAUUUGCAUAAAUAACAAACAACUCAUCCUUUUUUUCCAUUCAUUCAUUCAUUGCCCACCAUCUGUUUGCUAUUUUGCCUCACACACAAAACAAGAACAACAACAAAAGUAAAAAAAGAAAACAAAAUUCUUCAUUUCUUUAAUUGAUUUUAUAGAGAAGAGAAGAUAAUUAAUAAUUGAGUUGUGGUGAAGAAUUUUGUUGAAUUGAAGGGAAUAGGAAAACAAAGGACCUUACCUACCCUUCACAUUCAUCAUCAUUCUUUCACCAAUCUCUUUUUUAAUCAAUCUUCUCUUCUCUUAUUCAUUGUUUUUGUAGAUCUUGAGGUGUUUUUACUUCACUUACCAACUAGUUAGAUCUAUUCAAUAUUUUAUUCUAUCUUAGACAUUAAUUAUUCCAUAGAAGAUUUGUUCAUUUAUCCAAGAGAUUUUCAUAUUCUACAGAUAUUGUUGUUAUUAUUAUAUAGUUUUAUUCAUUGCCUUAUUGUGUUAUAAAACCUUAUAUCAUUCAUAUCUUGGUACCUUCAUUCUUCAUUGAAUGAAUAUUGCUUAGGUUGUGUUUGUGAAAAGUAUUCAUAGAGAGAGUUAUUAGUAUUUGAGCACAAAAGCCAUAACAUUAUUCAUUCUUGUGGUUUUCUGCUUAAUUUAUUCUGAUCUUUAGCUUUGUUUUGGGAGGCCCACCAUUGGGUUUUGGUGGGCUUUUCAUUGAGCCAAUAAAAACCCAAUCUUUAAAAGGUUUCUAAAUUGCUUCAUUCAGUAUUUUCUUUCCAAAAAGGGAGGGAAAAGUUGUGUCAAUUAUCAUUUGUGUUUCCACUUGUGUUAGCCAUUUUUUGUUCCAUAAUUGGCUAUUAAAGCUAUAUUGCUAUCAUUUAUGCCAAACUCAAACUUUGAUCCUUGAAAGAUAUUGUAUCUAAUUUUGUAAUGCUACUUUACUUUAUUACUUGUGUCUCUUUCUUUUUGUUUUUGAAACCAUUUCUCCUUCUAAAACCGCUUCCAUCUUGGGCAAAUGAAGUGAGGUUGAUCUCAUAUUUGUUUCACAAAGAUUUGUGUUUGAAAUCUAUCUCUAGGUUGUUUAGGAAAAUACUUGUUUCAAGAAUGUCUUUUGUGAAGAGGUCAUUUGUUUCAAAAGUAGAGAAUGUUGAGGAGGAAGAUACAGCGUCGCAGGAUUUGUCGGUGUUGGAUUUGCCUGACCUUGUGUUGGAAUGCAUACUUGAAAAGCUACCACCAGAUUCACUUUAUCAAAUGGCUGGUGUUUGCGGUUCUUUGAGGGAGAAAUGUGUGAGUGAUCAUCUUUGGGAGAGACACAUGAAACAGAAAUGGGGUAGAGUUAUUGGUCCAGUUGCUUAUAGGGAAUGGAAAUGGCAUGUUGCUUCUAAAAGGAGUUUUGGAAGCCUCAGACAUGGUAAGCAAAGGAGUUUGAUCAAGUUUAUGUCGCUUCGUUGGCCUUUUUCAUGGAUGAGAAUGAUGGUGGAUGCAGCAAAUAAUAGUAGUAUCAAGAAGCAAAGUAGUUAUUUGCCUCCUGAUUCAUUCAUGACUUGGUAUCUUGCUCUUGAGAAUGGAAAUUUCUGGUUUCCUGCUCAAGUCUAUAACCGUGAGAAUGGCCAUGUUGGAUUUAUGCUAUCAUGCUAUGAUGCUGAACUUUGCUAUGAUCCACACACCGACACCUUCCAAGCAAGGUAUCCUCCACAUGGAAGAAGAGCUGUUGCAGUAGAGCAUGGCAUCCAAUGGGAUAGGCUAAGAGCACCGCCUGUCGAUACUUCUCCACAUGAUCUUCAUAUCUCGGAGUGUCUACAUGAUUUGCAUCCUGGUGAUCACAUAGAGAUUCAGUGGAGGAGAAACAAAGAUUUUCCUUAUGGUUGGUGGUAUGGUAUUGUCGGCCACUUGGAGUCAUGUGACGGUAACGCAAAUUACUGCCGUUGUCACAAGAGUGACACAGUGGUGCUAGAGUUCAAUCAGUACACUACUGAUUCGCGUUGGAGGAAGACAACCAUAUGUAGGAAAGAUCACCGGGAAGAGGGAAAUGAAGCGGACGGAUUUUACGGUGGAGUUAGAAAGAUUAAGAGUGAGAGGGAAAUUUCCCUUUGGAAAAGCCUUUGGCCUUCUGAAAUCUUGGAUUAAACAGAUCAAAAUUUUCCAUUUUUGCAUUAUUUCAAGACUCAAGACUAGUAUUCUUAUAUAGCAGAUUCUUCUGCAUUAGAGAAAAGGGGGAAUAAGAUUCUCAUUCAGCUGAAGGAGCCUUGAAUCUAUCCUAUUUGCUUUCUCCUUUUUCAUUAUCACAAUUUUUUCCUGGAAAAUUUUAGGCUUGUUCAUCUGAUUUCAAUCAAUGUAAAUUAAUUUCUUAUGCACUGAUGGUAUAGAAUAUUCAUUCCACAAUAUAUAGAAUGAUUAGAAUUCAUCUAA